CCAAUAAGCAGCGUAGCCCCCACGACUGUACAAGCGCACCUAAGUCAAAGUCAAUCAUCGUCCACUAAACAAGCUCAGCAGGCAAGUGGCACUGCGCAUGCGCCUCAAGACGCCAUCGCAAAUCUACCAAACAUCGUCGACUAAGAUCCAGCCUGUCCAGCCUCAAACACUUAGCUCUACUCCUCAGGGUAUUCUGAGGGAUCAGAAGAGCGACUCACAGGACUCGGGACAGGAGUCAUCGACAGGCAGCCUGAAACCGGCGCUGCCACCCAAACCGUUGGCGCCCCAGGCGGGAGCCAAGUCGACGCCUCCGCCGCCCCGCAGGCAGAUGGUGCACUGGUCGACGGACCCUCCAGGCCAGGUCGACCAAGAUGGCCCACAGGAGGCGAAGAGGCCGGUCGGCCUCAGACCGUCUGUUGACAUCUCGGCUGACGCAGUUGACUCGGCUCUCAAUGUGUUAAGGGGGGCUGUCUCCAUAUCUGCAAGGCAAGUUACAUUUUAA